AUGGCUGUUGACUGGAUUGUAUAUUCAGUGUUUUUGCUGUCACUGUUUCCAGUGGGAACUGCCUUCUCUGGCAUCUUCAACACUUCGGACAAAGACAUUUUUGCAGAUGACUUGCUUCAGGUUAGACUGGCACAAGGCAACGCGGGAGAGCAGCGGAAACUCCAGUCUACUACUUCUCAUCCUAACCUAUAUUUCAGCCAAGCGGAUGUUCUGCUUUUAAGGUCAAGGUCCACCACCACCCACAGUCACAUAUUUAAAGUCAUUAGGGCGGCUGUCCUUACCAUGCUGUCUAACGUACCUUUUUACAUGCCUCCUGCAAAACACGAGGACUUCACUAGCAAGUGGAAUGAAGUUUACGGAAACAACCUGCCUCCCCUGGCCCUCUACUGCCUUUUAUGCCCUGAGGACUCUGGUGCCCUGCAGUUUCUUUUAAAGUUUAUGGAUAGGAUGGCUGACUAUCCGGACUGGAAGGUGACCAGCGCUCCCAAUGACGAGGUGCCCAUGGCACACUCCCUCACCGGAUUUGGAACUGCUUACGAUUUCAUUUACUCUUACCUGGAUGAGCGGCGACGAGACGUUUACCUCAAGAGAAUACGCUCGGAGACAGAGGAGCUAUAUGAACUGUCUAAACACAGGGGAUGGGGUAAGCAGUAUCUCCAGAAUCACCAGACCACCAACAUAUUAGCCAUUCUGACCGGCGCAAUAGUAGUUGGAACACAUAACGACCCGGAGUCAAUGAUCUGGAAACAAGUGGCUGUGAACUAUAUGGAGAAAACCAUGUUCCUCCUGAACCAUGUCGUUGAUGGCUCACUGGAUGAGGGAGUAGCCUAUGGAAGCUAUACAGCCAAGUCUAUCACCCAGUAUGUGUUCUUAGCUCAGCGUCAUUUCAGCAUUGACAACUUGUAUAACAACUGGCUACGUGGACACUUCUGGUUUUAUUAUGCCACCCUGUUGCCAGGGUUUCAGAGAACGGUCGGCAUCGCAGACUCCAACUACAACUGGUUCUACGGUCCAGAGAGCCAACUCGUUUUCCUCGACACGUUUGUUAUGAGAAAUGGAACGGGUAACUGGCUCGCUCAACAGAUAAGAAAGCACCGGCCCAAAGACGGUCCCAUGGGCCAGUCGUCUGCUCAGCGCUGGACUACCCUUCAUACGGAAUACAUCUGGUAUGACGCUCACCUUGGGUCACAGCCCCCCUACUGCUUUGGCAAGGCCAAGAUGCAUAUCUUUUCAAACUGGGGUGUGGUGACCUAUGGCGCGGGACUGCCCAAUGGUCAGGGUAAUACAUUUGUCUCCUUUAAAUCUGGGAAGCUUGGGGGCCGUGCGGUGUACGACAUCGUACACGAGAAGCCUUACUCAUGGGUGGAUGGCUGGAACAGCUUCAACCCGGGACACGAGCAUCCGGACCAGAACUCUUUCACAUUUGCCCCUAAUGGACAGGUGUUUGUGUCUGAAGCACUUUAUGGUCCCAAGUAUAGCUAUCUUAACAAUGUGCUGGUGUUCAGCCCUUCUCCCACCAGCCAGUGUAAUGGUCCAUGGGAAGGCCAGCUUGGGGAAUGUGCGAAGUGGCUGCGCUGGACUGAUGAAGGUGUGGGUGACGCUGCGGGGGAGGUGAUCGUCGCCUCCUCACACGAGGACACCAUGUUUGUGAGCGGGGAGGCGGUGUCGGCUUACUCCCCCGCCAUGAGACUGAAGAGCGUCUACAGAGCGCUGGUUCUGCUCAACUCCCAGACUCUGAUUGUGCUUGACCAUGUGGAGAAGCACGUUGAUUCACCUUUGACCUCGCUCAGUGCGUUCUUCCACAACCUGGACAUUGACUUUAAGUAUGUGCCCUUUAAAUUCAUGGACAGAUACAAUGGGGCUCUAAUGGAUGUGUGGGACGCUCAUUAUAAAAUGUUCUGGUUUGACACCCAGGGCCGCAGCCCUGAUACCUGGAUACAGGAGGCAGAGCAGGCAGCCGAGUUUAAAAAGAGGUGGACCCAGUAUGUCAACGUCACUUUUCCAAUGACGGGCUCAGUCAGCAGAGUAGCUUACGUGAUGCACGGACCGUAUGUCAAAGUGUCCAACUGUAGAUUUAUGGACAGUAGCAAAAAUGGGGUCAGGCUUUCUUUAAUCAUAAACAACACUGAGAAGAUAGUCUCUGUCGCCACAAACUACAAAGACAUAGGAGCCAGAUUGAAUUAUUUAGGAUUUGGGGGUCAUGCUAAAGUAGAGGACAGACAUCAGAUCACUCGGUACGGCCUUGGGACGCAACUCAUUCCCAAACAAAUCAGCAGCGAUAAUCAGCUGUUUGACUUUGGAUUUGCAGUCAAUGUCGUAGCCGGGGUCGUUCUCUGUGUGGCUAUUGGGUUUUUGACCAUGCAGAGAAAGUUUUAUGUGUGCUUCAGUAGACUUAUGCGCUACGCUCUCUUCUCUGUGCUCCUGCUGUGGAUAGCCGAGCUGCUGUUUGUGUCUAACAGCUGUGAUCAGCUUCUCUGUGGGGUAAAAUGGAAAGGAGCAGGGGUCAACACCGACGUAAACAAACAAAACAGACUGUACGAACAGCCUCAAUUUGCCCUCCCCACCAUCAUCAUAACCACCCUCCCGGGCUCGGGAUCGGAAAUACUCAAGCACCUUUUUUACAACAGCUCUGACUUUGUUUACAUCCGAGUCCCCACAGAGCACGUGGACAUCCCCGAGACCGAGUUUGAGUUUGAUUCCCUGGUCGAUGCCUGCGAGUGGUCAAUAGCAGACGCCACGCACGGACGGUUUAAAAUGAUUCAGGGCUGGCUGCACUCGCUGGUCCACAACACCAAGCUGCAUUUGCAGAACAUUCAGCUGGAGGAGGGCAGCAGGGUCAAACUACCCCAGAGGUUCGGCCCCCCUAGGGACAGGAGGAAAAGGAUCCAGAGGAGAGAGCCAGCAGCUGAGCUGAAGGGCAAACUGAGAGCCAGUCUGGACAGAGAUGUAGAGUACGUCAGAGAGAUGAGACGCCACGUCGCUGAGUACCCCAAUGCCCGUGUUGUCCUUAACAUGAAAAGUGGAAGCUGGGCACUCAAGCUGCCUUUCAUCCAUGAGGUUGUGGGCCCUUCCCUCAGGGCCAUCUAUUUGUUCAGAGAUCCGCGGGCAUGGAUUUACCUCAUGUUGUAUAACAGCAAACCCAGUCUGUACUCCCUGAAGAACAUCCCCCAGCACUUAUCCUUGAUAUUCAAGGAGGAAACUGCCAGGGAAGGGUGCCCAGCUUUGGCACCAGAGUUUAAAAUGAUACAGAGGCUCCUGUCCCGCUCAGAGACUGACCCCGUUUUGCUGCUGGCUCAUCUGUGGCUGGCUCACACGGCGGCAGUGCUGAGGGUCAGCAAGAACCUCCCGGCGGAGGCCUUCCUCCGGGUGAGGUUCGAGGACGUGGUCUUCUUUCCCCAGGAAACGGCGGAGACCAUACACACCUUCUUGGGUGUCCCAGUCUCGCCUGCAGCCCUCAACCAACUCAUGUUCACCACGUCCACAAACUUGUACAACCUAAUGUACGAGGGAGACAUAUCACCAGCUAACAUUAACAUGUGGAGACAAAACAUGCCCCGGAAGGACAUCAGGCUGAUAGAGGAAACGUGUGGGAGUGUGAUGAGAAGGUUGGGUUACACCCGGUUUGUCAGUUAACACACUGCUGCUGGGCAGCUGACAAUGAGUUAUUUUGUUUACUAGAGGUCUUUCUUUGAUUUCUCUUGGCCUGAUCUCAAAUCUAAAGGAGAAUGAGCCACUUACUGUGUAAAAUGUCUACAUAUGGAGAUGUCUCUAUGCUCCCACAAUGCUGCACCGGAGUAAUUCCAUUUUGUCGAACGUGGAUGACUGAAGACUAAUUGCCUAUGUGUGUGAUAUGCAUGGCAAAGAGGGGGCCAAUAAUUACAGACCUGUCAGGAAGCUCUCAUGUCAUACCACUCGGAUGACUGAUGUGAGGACUUGGGCGCAUUAAACAUGUCCGAACUGGAGCGGGAUUAUGAGGAGUGCAUUUAUUCCCUAAUGUCUCAAGAUGGUCUCAAUGAGUCACUCGUUUCACAACUCAUUUGUUCUUGAUCCCUUCUGUAAGACCCUAACAACUUGGCAGGGCCCUCCGUGCCUAAUCCUUCCAUGCAUUCUCUCUAUUGUAGCCCGUGCAACCGCCAUGGGAAAAGGAAGGGGUGCUCUGCAAGUCACUGCCUGCACACUUGCAGGAUGUUGUAGGACUUUGUUGCGUUCAGAGGCGGUGAUAUUGGCACAGCGUAAUCUUGUGCGAUGAGCCCUCAACAGGAGACGCUAAACAAUGAGGCGACUAGUUAUCACUUCAAGAAUACGACAGUACGAUGCCUCUCACUCUCAUAUCGGCAACCAUUUAAGAAAAAGUAGGCCUCAUGUUUUAUAGAGAUGGAGCCAAAUGUUUUAAUUGUUGUGUUUUGUGCAAAAAUAUUCAUGUCUUUGCAAUUGCCAGAAUUAGCCAGCGCAGCCUAUUUCCAGAUAUAGUUAUGUCACGCAAGGAAACUGAAUAGUGAAAUGUAAUGCUAAUUAUUUCACAACUACUGUUUUUCACAACGCUAUCUUAAAUAAAUCCAAUAAUAGCAUUCAUUGUUGACAGCUAAAAUUGUGCAGAAAGCAGAAAUCUUUGAUGUGUAAUUGCAGAAACAACUGUUGGUAUUCUGAGAAAUAAUCUAAAUUAAACUGGAAGGUU